GUCAAAAUUAGUAAUACUUGGAAUAUAAAUAGCCAUUAAAACUCAUACAAAUAUACAAUAACAAUCUCAAAAAAUAAAAAAAUGGGAUCAGUCACAAAUGGUGUAGGAGAAAUGAGCUCAUAUUGGGAUCUAGGAGAAGAAGAGGAAGAAGAAGCAUCUUUCUUUGCUCUGUCUCUACUUAGUGACAAUAUCAAGUUUGAGGUUCUUAAAGCUGUGAAAGACCUCGACGUGUUCGAGACCAUCAAGAAAUGUGGUCCUUUAGCACAACUAUCGGCGGCCGAGAUCGUGGCCAAGUUACCUACCGAGAACCUGGUGGUUGCAACGGUUAACCUCGGCCGCUUGCUUGACUUUUUAGUUAGUCACUCCAUCCUAACUGUCACUCCUACCACCCUCCCUGGUGGGAAGGUUGAGAGGCGUUAUGGUCUAGCCCCGGUUUGUAAAUUCUUGACUGCUAAUGAGGAUGGUGUUUCUUUGGGUUCUUUCUCAAACACUUUGAUGUAUAAUGCUUUGAAACAAAGUUGCUUAUGCAUAAAAGAUGCAAUUCUUGAAGGUGAAGAACCAUUCAAAAAGGCGCAUGGAAUGACUUUUUACGAGUACAUUGGCAAAAAUACUGAGUAUCGAAAGGGGUUCCACAAGGCCAUGUCCGAUCAUUCAACCCUUAUUAUGCGCAAAAUUUUAAGGACUUACAAGGGAUUCGAGGGUCUCUCGUCGUUAGUCGAUGUCGGUGGAGGUAACGGAGCUAUACUCAACAUGAUCCUUUCUCAAUACCCAACUAUCAAAGGUAUUAACUUCGAUCAGCCUCAUGUUGUUGCUGACGCGUUAACUUAUCCAGGUGUGGAACAUGUUGGAGGAGAUAUGUUUGUCAAUAUUCCCAAAGGAGGUGAUGCCAUAUUCCUCAAGUGGAUAUUGCAUUGUUUUGGUGAUGAGGCAUGCACGAAGAUCCUAAAGAACUGUUACGCUGCUCUACCAGAGGACCGUGGCAAAGUCGUAAUUUGUGAAUAUCUCCUUCCUGAUCCAGAUGUAACCACCAACGACAUAGCUGCUAAUUCAGUCGUCCAGUUCGACGUGAUGAUGAUGGUUUUACCUGGUGGUAAAGAAAGGACUGAAAACGAGUUUAAGGAUUUAGCACUUGCUGCUGGAUUUCAUGGCUUCGAAGUUGUUUGCUCUGCCUAUAAUGUUAAGAUCAUAGAGUUACUCAAGAUUAAUUAGGUAGUGGCAAAGCUAGCACUUUCACUUGUAUCGCUAAAAGUUGUUAGCGACCGAAGUGCAUCAUUUUCCUUGGUGCAAAUGUGCAAUGAUCGAUACACUUUUAUUAUUCGCAAUCUCCCAUCGAUUAGGCUUUAAAAUGUUGUUUUGUAACUUUGACACUUUGUAAGUUUGUUUUCAAAAAAUAAAAGGUCUAAUAAUUUCUCU